AUGUCGAGCGGGACGAGGCGUCGACGUCGACGAGGCCGCGCGUACGCGCAGUACGCUGUCGUCAUGCUGGGACGACAACGUGUGUUCCGGGACCGCCUCGAUCCGCUGGAAGAAUUCGACGAGGAUGCGCUGCAGCAACGAUUCCGGUUUGGUCGCGCGGGAAUUAUGUUUCUCGCGGAGACGCUGCGCCCGGACUUGGAGCGGUCGACGCGUCGCAGCUCCGCCUUGUCCGCAGAGCAGCAGGUGAUCGUCGCUCUGCAAUUCUACGCCACAGGCAACUUCCUCAUCACUGCAGGCGACUACGUCCACGUGCAAGUCUCUAGUGCUUCACGGUCCGUGAGGCAGGUCACCGUAGCUCUGGCACGUCGAACAAGGGACUUCAUACGGUGGCCUGACGUCGCAGAGAGUGCUGCCUUGCAGGAGCAGUUCUUUGACGUAGCCGGGUUCCCUUGUGCCGUGGGUGCUGUUGAUGGCACCCACAUUCGAAUCCAGGGACCGCGCGUGCACCAGGAGGUGUACGUGAACCGCCACCUGUACCAUUCCAUCAACGUACAGGUGGUAGUUGUCGCGUCCUGCCGCAUACGCAAUGUGGUUGCGAGAUGGCCGGGAAGCACGCACGACUCCCGGAUUUUCACCGAGAGCACACUAUCAGUCAAGCUGGCCGAUGGCAUCUACGAUGGCCUAUUGCUCGGCGACAGCGGCUACACCUGCCAGCCGUGGCUGACGGCGCCAUUCCUGUCGCCAUCAUCAGCAGCAGAAGUGAGGUACAACACGGCACACACCACGACAAAGAGUAUUGUUGAAAGGUAA